AUGAUUCACGGAGAUCUUCAUAGUGGCAAUAUACUCAUUGAUAGUGAAAGUAAUGUAACUAUUGGAGAUCUUGGAUUAAAUCUUGGUGUAAUUCCAUAUAUUGCGCCAGAAUUAUUUAAUGGAGAAAAAUAUAUCAAAGCUACAGAUAUAUAUAGUUUCGGAAUGAUUAUGUGGGAAAUGACAACGGGUCAAAAACCUUUCUCAGAUCAGAAUCAUGAUGGAUUUCUUAUUUUAGAUAUUCUUAAUGGUCAUCGUACAAACAUCAUUGCCAAUACACCAAAAUGUUAUGUUGAAUUAAUGGAAAAAUGUUGGGAUGAUAAUCCAUUUUUACGACCGGAUGCAAUGAAUAUUUGCAAUCAUCUAGUCAGCUUUUAUGAAAAUAAACAGGAUUUUUUGGAAAAAAUGGAAAUUCCGCCAAUUAGAAAAACAAACCCUCGGGCAAUAUAUACUAGUCAACCAUUAAGUUCUUCGAUUCAUACAGCAUCAAAUUAUUAUACAGAUGCACUAUGUGCUAUUACGGAUGAAGGUAAUAUUAUUUAA